AUGUUUCAAGGAUGGUGUUUUACGGCGAAUAAUGCGUGGCAUAAGGGAGGUCGAAUUAUAGUAGCUUGGAAUUCUCAUAAGUUCACAGUCAACAUUAUUAGCUGCUCUAGUCAGCUAGUUCAUUUGUUUGUUACAAUGGUAGAUAAAGGAGGUAGUUUCUUUGUUUCCUUUGUUUACGGUUUUAACAAUGCUAAUGGGAGGUCUGUACUGUGGGAAGAGCUGCAAAGAUGUAAUACAGUUGAGCCGUGGUUAAUAUUAGGGGAUUUUAAUGAAAUUCUGUCAAAAGAGGAAAGGAUUGGUGAUAAAGCUCGGUUUAUUGCUUUGGAUUUUCAGAGUUGUAUAAAUAUUUGUCAGCUGGAAGAUGUAAAAUUUAGUGGAAGUUUUUUCACUUGGAGUAAUAAGCAGCAGGGAUCGGACUGUAUUUUCUCAAAAAUUGAUCGGGUCUUAGCUAAUCAGGCUUGGCUAGACAGAUUCAAGAAUGCUGAGGCUGUUUUUCUCUGUGAAGGAAUUUUUGAUCAUACACCUGUUGUGUUGAGUAUAUAUCCGGAUACUUUGGGGGGUAAAAAACCCUUUAAGUAUUUUCGGAUGUGGAAGCAACACCCGCAAUAUGAUCAAAGAAUCAAGGAAAUUUGGCAGCAGGAGAAAAAGGGUACGAGAAUGUUUCAAGUAGUCACAAAGUUGAAGGAAUUGAAAAGUGUCUUUAAAGAGAUUAAUAAGGAGGGCUUUAAUGAGAUCCACAUUGCUGAAAAACAAGCUAGAGACAGGCUAACUGAAGCUCAGAAAGCGCUGCAAGCAGAUCCACUAAACUUUGAGCUUCAAGAGAUGGAGCUAGCAACAAGGAAUGAGCAAAGGAGAAUGCAAAACAACAUCAUCUCUAUUGAAAAAGCAGAUGGGGAACGAGUUGAUGACUCGAUAGCAGUUACUGAUGUUUUUCUGCAACAUUACACAAGUUUUCUCAAUGCUAAGAUGGAAACAAGGAAGAGGGUACAAAUGAAAGUUAUUAGGCAGGGGCCGGUUCUAUCAAAUCAGCAUAUAUCCUUGUUGGAAGCAGAAUUUUCAAAAGAGGAAGUGAAGGCUGCUAUAUUUAGCAUUCCUGGAACAAAAGCGCCUGGGCCAGAUGGAUAUAGUAGCUUUUUCUUCCAGGAUAAUUGGGAUCUUGUAGGCAAUGAUAUACCUGAAGCAGUUACCUCCUUUUUACACUCUGGGAAGCUGCUAAAGGAGAUCAAUUCAACAGUCCUUACUCUCAUUCCAAAAGUCAGAUGUCCUAACACUGUAAGUGACUAUCGCCCAAUUGCUUGUUGCAAUGUCCUGUACAAAAUAGCUACAAAGCUUAUAUGUUCUAGGCUCAAACUAAUUCUCUCUGAUAUUGUUUCUCAAAAUCAAGGAGGGUUUGUUACAGUUAGAUAUAUAGCUCAUAAUAUUAUGAUAUGUCAGGACUUGAUAAGACAUUAUGGUAGGAAAUCUACAAGGCCGAAUUGUAUGAUUAAGCUCGACUUGCAAAAAGCUUAUGAUACAUUAGAUUGGGACUUCCUUGAGGAGAUGUUGAAUGCUCUUAAUUUUCCAUCUUAA